GCUGCCCUCUUCGGCUGAGCGUGACAUCGCACGGAAAACGGAACGCGCCCUCUUUAUCUCACUCCCUUUACGAACGAUGUCGGGUGGGGUUGAGGGAGACAUCAUCAUGACAUCCGCGGGCUGGACUACGAAAAAUGAGCGACGAAGGCGGAGACGAGGAAGAGACAGAACGGGGGAGAGUUGGUGAGAUUCACAAAACUAGGCGACGACAAACGUGUGUACGAAACGACGAGACCACAGCGACGGUGGACAAUCACCAUCUGUCCGGUCCGUCGACCAAAAAGCCCCCGGGAUUGGGGCCUUCGGCAGGCCACGGAACAGUCGGCAAUAUUGAUUCGUCACGGACGCCCGUGACCAACGGCAAGGGAAAAGUUAACAGGGAGAAUUACCACGGCGGCUUCGUGAUAUCCAUCGCGAUGGAAGCGAUUCCCGCCCAUCAAGUCGGGAGCUUUGCUGGGAUACUAUGGGAGUUUACUGGGGUUCAUUCAACCCCCCAACCAUAUACAGGCGACAAAGACCUGUCUCUUGCUUUGGCCUUUUCCAUACCUAGUCUUCAACUUUUCCUUAAUCGUCGACGUCAGAAUCCUGUACCGAUAGUCUAGACUCGUCACACACACCAACAGACCCUGUGCAUAAAAGCAAGUUUACUUCAACAUCUUGGAGAGACCACCUCUUCCGGGGACUUUUCGUGACCAUGUGCUCUACGAG